CGCCAAUAACGUAGGCGGUGAGUACCGAAACAUCACGUGAUCCCAGGCUACAAAUGGACUAGCGCCAUUAUUCUUUAUCACGUUUUUCUUGGUUGUUCAAGGCAAAUAUUCCGAGUACGAAGUAAACCACUCGAACCUCCCUGGUGGAGCUAGCAUUAAUCCUUUUGAAGAUGGCCCCCAUACGAGCAAAAGCAAAGCGCGCAACCGCCAAAAGCGGCAGAGGCACACUCCCAUCAACCAAAUCCGCCAUCAGCCUAUUCGCCGAUGACUUCCGCACAACCAAGAAAGACAAACGCGUAAUUAAACACGCUAGCUUCGUUUCAAAGAUAGAAAAAGCAGCACAAAAGCCCAAAAAGAGACGGCGUGCGUCAAAGAAGCUGAUCACCAACCUCGAAUCGCUGGCAGACGCUCUUCCUGAAACGGAAACCGGGACGGAACAGACGCAGAUGCCGGCUGGUAGUCAGGUGAAUAUAGUCAAGCAGAAGACGUUGAAGCAUAAGCCAGGUACGAUGAAGCGCAGGGAGAAGCUGGAACGACUGGAACGGGAUCGUUUCGUGAGAAAUAUGGCGCAGAUGACGGGUAUGCAGCAGACGGCGGCGGCAGGGACAGAUGCAGAUGCAAGUACAGGACAGAAGGAUACAGGGCCUAAUCGGUGGGCGGCUUUGCGGAGCUUUAUUUCUCAGACGAUGGAACAGCAGCCUGCGUUCAAGACCAACACGUGAAUUGUAGUUGGGGGGCCGCUUGAAAUGGAAAAGGAAAACAAGUCAAGUCUAGCUGCAAGACGGGAUACCACUGCAGAAUCGUUGAGGGUUGGUUGUUACCUCAUACCAAUGUCUCUUCCAUCUAUGAUUCUGGCCGGUCGAGGGAUGCAUUUAUUCUCGUGCACUGGACAAUUACCCAGAGUGAGCUCAGCUGUGCACCACGCAGCGACUACCACUCACGCCGCGUUCCGGCUAUGAGCAGAAUUUCAAGGCUUGAGAUAGCUUCAGAGAAAUCAGACAUGAGGUGACAUCCCUUGUCGUCACCUCCCAUGCCCGCAGCCCUUGCCGAUAGCUGUCUAUAUAGGUGAAUUUAUUUAUCGUGCCUAUCUACAAUGUCAAUUUCCGC